CGCUCAUCCUGCUGUGGCUGGGGCGGCGGUGGCUGCUGUCUGGAGGGUUAUGGUCCCCGGGUCGGACGGCCCGGCCCGCGCCGGGGGCCUAGUGGCCGAUGUGGUAUUUGUGAUUGAGGGUACGGCCAACCUGGGACCCUACUUCGAGGGGCUCCGCAAGCACUACCUUCUCCCGGCCAUCGAGUAUUUUAAUGGAGGUCCGCCUGCUGAGACGGACUUCGGGGGAGAUUAUGGGGGCACCCAGUACAGCCUUGUGGUGUUCAACACGGUAGACUGCGCUCCCGAGUCCUACGUACAAUGCCACGCUCCCACCAGCAGCGCCUAUGAGUUUGUCACCUGGCUCGAUGGCAUUAAGUUCAUGGGCGGGGGUGGCGAGAGCUGCAGCCUCAUCGCAGAAGGUCUCAGCACAGCCCUGCAGCUGUUCGAUGAUUUCAAGAAGAUGCGAGAGCAGAUUGGCCAGACACACCGAGUCUGUCUUCUUAUCUGCAACUCACCCCCAUACCUGUUGCCUGCUGUUGAGAGCACCACAUAUUCUGGAUACACAACAGAGAGCCUUGUGCAGAAGAUUGGGGAGCAGGGGAUCCACUUCUCCAUCGUGUCUCCGCGGAAGCUGCCUGCCCUGCGGCUUCUGUUUGAGAAGGCAGCUCCACCAGCCUUGCUGGAGCCACUGCAGCCACCGACAGAUGUGAGCCAAGACCCGAGGCACAUGGUGCUGGUGCGGGGGCUUGUGCUGCCUGUCGGGGGUGGCUCGGCCCCAGGCCCCCUCCAGCCAAAGCAGCCAGUCCCACUGCCUCCCGCUCCACCUUCAGGUGCUGCUCUCUCAGCAGCCCCCCAGCAGCCUCUGCCCCCCGUCCCCCCGCAGUACCAGGUUCCCGGGAACUUGAGCGCAGCUCAGGUGGCUGCCCAGAAUGCAGUGGAGGCCGCCAAGAACCAGAAGGCUGGGAUGGGCCCACGCUUCUCGCCCAUCAACCCUCUCCAGCAAGCUGCUCCAGGAGUGGGUCCCCCCUUCAGCCAGGCCCCAGCCCCCCAGCUACCCUCAGGACCUCCUGGUGCCCCAAAGCCACCUCCUGUUUCCCAGCCCAGCCUGGUUUCCACAGUGGCCCCUGGUCCGGGCCUGGCACCCCCUACGCAGCCUGGGGCACCAUCCAUGGCAGGCACGGUGGCCCCAGGAGGAGUGAGCGGCCCUUCCCCAGCCCAGCUAGGGGCCCCAGCCCUUGGUGGACAGCAGUCCGUCUCCAACAAACUCCUGGCCUGGAGUGGUGUCCUUGAAUGGCAGGAGAAACCCAAACCCGCCUCAGUGGAUGCUAACACCAAGCUGACGCGGUCACUGCCCUGCCAGGUCUAUGUGAAUCACGGAGAGAACCUGAAAACUGAGCAGUGGCCCCAGAAGCUGAUCAUGCAGCUCAUCCCCCAGCAGCUGCUGACCACCCUGGGCCCCUUGUUCCGGAACUCGAGGAUGGUCCAGUUCAAUUUCACCAACAAGGACCUAGAGUCCCUCAAAGGCCUCUACCGCAUCAUGGGCAAUGGCUUCGCGGGCUGUGUGCAUUUCCCCCACACGGCCCCCUGUGAGGUGCGUGUGCUGAUGCUCCUGUACUCAUCCAAAAAGAAGAUCUUCAUGGGUCUCAUACCCUACGACCAGAGCGGCUUCGUCAAUGGCAUCCGGCAGGUCAUCACUAACCACAAGCAGGUCCAGCAGCAGAAGCUGGAGCAGCAGCGAGGGAUGGGAGGACAGCAGGCACCCACAGGGCUGGGCCCCAUUCUGGAGGACCAAGCGAGGCCGUCACAGAAUCUGCUUCAGCUCCGCCCACCUCAGCCCCAGCCUCAGGGUGCCGUGGGGGCUUCUGGGGCCGCGGGGCAGCCCCAGCCCCAAGGUACUGCCCAGGCCCCCCCAGGUGCUCCCCAAGGCCCUCCUGGAGCCACCCCUGGCCCACCCCCUUCUGGACCAAUCCUUCGACCCCAGAACCCUGGGGCCAACCCCCAGCUGCGGAGCCUCCUCCUCAACCCACCACCGCCCCAGACUGGGGUGCCCCCACCCCAGGCCUCCCUUCACCACCUCCAGCCACCGGGGGCUCCGGCGCUGCUGCCCCCUCCACACCAGGGCCUGGGGCAACCCCAGCUGGGGCCACCCCUCCUGCACCCACCACCUACCCAGUCCUGGCCUGCACAGCUUCCCCCACGGGCUCCAUUGCCAGUGGCAAAACGAAAGAGAGAACGAGAGGGCCGUGUGUUUCGAGAAAAAUGGGAGCGAGCCUAUUUCUUUGUGGAAGUGAAGAGCAUGCCUACGUGUUUAAUAUGCAAAAAAAUCGUGUCUGUGUUGAAAGAAUACAACCUGAAACGUCAUUAUGAAUCACAGCAUAGUAAGAGUUUCGACCAGUAUACAGAACAGACUCGAGAUGCGAUCCUCAACGAACUGAAAAAGGGACUCAAAUGUCAAUAGGGUUUGCUUUGGAGAGUGAAUAGAGUGUCAUGGCUGCGGUUGCAGUUCCAGAAUAACAUGAAAAGCAUUACCUGGGCAUUAAAACCUACAACAGAUGGCAAAUUUAUAAUGGAGCUGAUAGAACAUGUGUCCUGAACAGAAACACACGACUGUUUAGACCAUUAUUUAAGUCUAAUGGGUAUUUGUGUUGCACUGUGAGCUGAAAAUGAAUCAGGAUUUACGAGUCCAGUUGUUUGAAAGAGUCGAAUCAAUUGUGGCCUUUUCUAUCGCUGCUCAUAACAGCUUUAUUUAUUUGUGGUGUUGAGAAUUUCGAUAUGACUGAAGAAGUCUGUGACAUGGUGCCAAGGCAGGCCCAAUGCUGGGAAAUGACUUAUUUUUUGUGUAUUUGGAGAAAUAAAGUUUCACGUAUUCUGGUCAGAAUUCUUAAGCACAACUACAAACAUUUGUAAUCACAGGAGGACUUGGCAGGACACCUCCAUCCGAGGUGGCAGCAUUUGGCAAGGACAUAGAAGUCAGGUUAUUGCAUCAAUUACCAGGAAUUGUUCUUCAAAAUUAAAUGGAACAUACCAUGGACACCCUCAUACUUUUGCUCCUGUGGCUUAACCACGGGAAGUUGAUGGUGACUUGACCUGAUACAUUUCACAGAUGCUCCGCCACCUGGUUAUGGAAUAAAUCCAAACUGUUGGAAGUUAAUCAAGUUGGUUCAUUUCAAAUCAGGCAAAAGCCACAUCUCAGUUUCCCUGAUAAGGUCGGUCAAAGACUUCUGUUUGAGGCUACGACCCUUCUGAACACUGAAUAUUUCUCCGCAAGGAUGUUCAUUCAUUGAAUGUGUGAUCAUAUCUGGCCAGUCCUGGCAAAAAUGGAGAAGCCAUUGGCAAGGAAUAAUCUUGACUCCCUCUGCUUUGCUGCAUUUGGUUUCCAGGAAUGAAAGAGAUGGCCUGGACUGUAUUCACUCAGACUUUGGGUUGAAGACCAAAUUCCUGCCAAAGGUUCUCUGCAUCCAGACUUUAUGAAAAUGAACUAACACUGUUCAGUUUGCCUUUUUGGUUUAAUGUCGAUCAUGUGGAUGCAGACCACAAAGAGUAGUUAUUGAGCUACAGUGCAGUAGGGCGCUGGCUCCUAAAUACAAUGCUAUUGGAAGAUCACUAGAUUCUACAACUAUCUGCAGUAGUUGUCCUGAGUAUCCGUGUUUAGAAGUACCGACACCUGUGGACCGCUGUUUUCCGUUAUGAACCUGACUCAAAUACUGCUCCAGUUUAAGGAUUCAAGAUUGAAUUCUAAACUGCCCAUCCCACCAUGCCAUCCAGGGCCUGCCAGUGACAUCUUGGUGUGGCAGGGGAGAUGUCAGAUCAGCGUCAACUCAAAGGAGCAAAAGAAUUAUGAAAGAAAAAUUUAAUAAUUAAAUAUUCUAUUUUUCAAUUUGUAUUUUUUCAAUUUUGAAUUUAAAAUAUAAAGUCCAGUAU